CCACUUUCAGAGGAAGUAUAUCCUCAUUCGGUGUACGUCUCACAAGCUAUCAACAUCAGCGGGAGCAGAAUAAGUUAUCUGGUACCAUGGCCCUAUUGGAGCUCUAGGAGAUGGUUUUAACAUGGAAGCAUCUUCUUCAGGGAGAUCUACAGGACGUUUUCAGCCAGAUCUAUGUAAAUUCUGGUUGUAUAAAGGAGGGUCUGUCAGAGAUCUUCUCUGUGCCAUAAGAAACAAGCUCUCACUCUUCACUAUACAGAGAGGACAGAGCCCCCCAGGUGCUGCUUUGUUCUUCGCCUACAAUGCAUUUAAACACAGUGAUAAUGUUGCUUAUUUUUUUGAGGUGAGUUGAAAACAUGAUUUGCUUAUGUAUUUAGACAGUAGCAGCUCUUUGGCAUUAAGCAAUUACACACACACACCCCGUGCCCAAGGCCACAGAGCCACUGCAGACACUGUAGGCUCAGUAGGCUCAGAAUGUAUCCGUCCUCAAAGUCCCCCGAAGCAUCAAGAAGCCAGGGUGGAAAUGAACUAGUUUAGGCCAUACUGUGUAGUAUAGAGAUAAUAUUUUAUUUUCACUAGAAUCUCUCCUAAUGUCAAGUAUUUUGAGGUAUUUAAGUAUUGUACAUAUUAUCUUGAAUAACCGGUUUACAUAUUACAUUGACUCUGUACUGGUACACCCUGUAUAUAGCCUCACUAUUGUUAUUUUACUGCUGCUCUUUAAUUAUUUGUUACUUUUAUUUUUUAUUUAUCUAUUUUUUACUUAACACUUAUUUUUCUUAAACCCUCAUUGUUGGUUAAGGGCUUGUAUAAGUAAGCAUUUCACUGUAAGGUGAAAUGUUGUAUUUGGUGCAUGUGACAAAUAAAAUUGGAUUUGAUGUGUUGGGCACAAAAUACUUGGCAAAGCAAGGGAGGAAUUAUUGUGUUGAUGUUUUUGGAAGACUUAAGUUGACAAUUGUCACGUGUGCUGCCUCUCCGGCCUCGAGGCCACCAGACUGCUCGUUAUGGCACACAUCUGUCACCAUCAUUACAGCAUCAGCGCAUUAUGACACUCACCUGGACUCCAUCACCUCCUUGAUUACCUGCCCUAUAUAUGUCAUUCCCUUUGGUUCCUUCCCCAGGCGUCAUUGUUUCAGUUUCAUGUCUGUGAGGUGUUCAAUGUUCUUAUUAUGUUUCAUUUAGUGAUUAAAUUGAUUAAAUUGUUUUGCUUACUGCUGCAGAUGCUGUUGGUGACAGCUUUUCUCUCUUGAAUCAAUACUAUUUGAGUGCCUGUCUUCCUGUGCAGGCUAGGACAGAUAUGCCAAAGGGUGUUUGAAAUAUUGGGUUCUGUUUUUAAUGAAGGGCGUCACCCAAAGUGCAUAACUCUUGUUUUCUACCAAGCGAAACUUAACAGUGUUCAAGACAAGGGAAGGGCAACUUAUUUGACAGCUAUGUGAUUUGGGUGGGACUGAAAAAAUGCCAAUUAUUUCACAGCUCUUAUUCCACAGCUCUCACUCUUCAUUUAACACAGUGAUACAGUGUUGCUUAUUUGUUUAGAACAAACUACUUCUCACCAUUCUUAGUUUGCUGCCAUGACAUCAAAAGAGGAUGCUGCUGAGUUUGUGGAUAGACACAGGGCUGAGCUCAUCCAGAGGGUUCGCAAGGUGAUGCCCAUAGCAGAUGAUCUGCUCAGAAGGGGCAUGAUCCAAUAUGAAAUGUUUGCUAAUAUUUCAACUUCCAAGACCAACCCAGGCAAGAUGACAGAGGUGUACAAAGCAUUGCAGUCAGGAGGGACACCACUUAAAGCAGCCUUCUAUAGGAUUCUGCUGAAAAAUGAACGUCUUCUGGUCAUCAAUCUGGCUGCUGAGUUUGUGGAUAGACACAGGGCUGAGCUCAUCCAGAGGGUUCGCAAGGUGAUGCCCAUAGCAGAUGAUCUGCUCAGAAGGGGCAUGAUCAAUCCUGAGGUGUACUCUAAUAUUCAAACUGCCAAUACCAGCCAGGACCAGAUGAGAGAGUUGUACAAAGCCGUACAGUCAGGAGGGCCAGAAGUUCAAUCAGCCUUCUACAGGAUUCUGCUGAAACAGGAACCUCAUCUGGUCAUCGUUCUGGAGGACGCUGUUGGAGAUCUAGAAGAUGGUUUGAACAUUGGAGAAUCUUCUUCAGGGAGCAUUGCAUUGGAAGGUCCUGCAUUACCUCUUGCCUCCAAUAUAUUUCCUGGGACUGGAGGAAAACCUGCUGCACUUGCAUCAGAUGAGGAAUCGGUUGGAAAGAUCACAUACCACACCAAUAACCAUCUUGGAACAGGUGCCGAUGGAAUUGUGUUCAGGGGUUACUUCCAUUGUGAUGAUGCCAACAAGCGUCCUGCGGCAGUGAAGAGAAUUGAACUAGCAAAACAAAGCAAUGCUGAUCGAGAGGUCGCUUUGCUUCUUCAAUUGGACGACAAUCCCCAUGUCGUCCGCUACUUCUGCACUGAGAAGGACGGGCAAUUCCUAUACAUUGCCAUCGAGCUGUGUGCCGUCUCUUUAGAUAAGUGUUUUACUAAAGAAAAUCCUUUUGACCUUCGCGGACUGAACCCAGUGAUGCUGCUGCAGCAGACCAUGAUAGGACUGGAACACCUGCACUCUCACAACAUAGUCCACCGUGAUGUGAAGCCCCACAACAUCCUGUUGAAAGACCACUCUGACUCAGUCACGGUCAAGAUCUCAGACUUUGGGAUGAGUAAGCAGUUAGCGGACAGCAGACAAAGCUACAGUAUGAGGUCGGGAGCCCUUGGCACCAUGGGCUGGAAUGCCCCAGAGGUCCUGGAUGACAGCAGGAAAGUAAACCCUACCAGUGCUGUGGACAUCUUCUCUGCCGGCUGUGUGUUUUACUAUGUGUUGACAGGAGGAGAACAUCCAUUUGGAGAACCCUAUCGGCAGACUGCUAAUAUCAUGGAUGGCAAAUACAACCUUAACGGAUUACAGAAAGACAAACAUGUGUGGGUACUUUCAUAUGACGUGGUGUGCCCAGUGUUGUUACUUUCAUAUGACGUGGUGUGCCCAGUGUGGGUGCUUUCAUAUGACGGGGUUGUGUCCAGUGUGGGUACUUUCCUAUGA